AUGGACAGUGACCCUGUUUCUGAUGCUAGCUUCCUUACCUUAACUAAGUUCAAACACAUCCACAGUGGUCAAGCUAAUCCGCACAUAUUUGUUGGUGUCAACUUUUUGACUAAUUCGUUUGAUGCAUCUCAAGUCCAUGUGAACCCACUAUUCGAUGAAGUUGAUGUUUUCAGACAAGCGCUCCCUGAUGAUGGCGUCUCUCUCAUAUGCCGCCAGAGACAACCAAGGUGGGGGAUGGUUGCUGUUCAAGCUGAAAAUGCAGAAGAUUUUCCUAGGAGAACAAUUGAAGAGUUGAAGAAUUAUGUUGAGAUUGGAAAGGCAAGGAUUCAUUGCACGGUCUACGCCAUUGACACAGACUGGGCUUGGUACUAUAUUAAGUGUCGUUCUUGCAAUAAGAAAGUCGAGAAAGUAAACGAUGGGGAUAAUGGGUUGAAUAACAAUGGUUCAAAACCAAGGUUUUGGUGUUAUAAAUGCAAUACUGUCGUCACUAAUGUUGUACCACGGUUCAUGCUCUAUGCUAAUGUCAUGGACGCUACUGGUGAGACAAAAUUACUAUUGUUUGAUUCUAUUUGCUCUGAGAUUAUUAGGCAGUCUGCCCCAUCAGUUCUUGGUGGCUCAGUUGAUGAGGUUAGCUAA